UGCUUAUAUCAUGUUAUACCUUCCAGACUUUAGAUUGUUGAAUCGUUCACUUUACAUAUUUCAAAACUUUAAAAUUUGUUUUACUUUUCAAACUGUAUGAUAUAUUGUUAUUUGAUAUUUGUUAUUCAUGCGUUAUUUCUUUGAUUAUUUUAAUAGUUUUACUUUUAACUGUUCAAUCGCGUACAUACCAGGUAAUAAAUAAUAUUAUAUAAUUAUAAUAGAUUUGGUAAUAUGGGCCUCUCCUCACAACAAGUUUUGUCAUUUAUACCUGCUGACUCUUGGACUCCAGUUUUUGUAAUGCCCGGUUAUAAAUCAAAUAAUGGAAUUUAUAUAAUAUCUACAAAUGAAAAAUAUCUCCAACGUUGUAAUGACAUAUACAAAAUGGCAUUUCAUAGUUAUACAUUUGAAAAAGUCAAUACAUAUCAAUUGUUUGGAUUAGUAGCAGUAGAAAUUGAAGGAUUAUGGUUCAGAGGCAGAAUGUUAAGUUAUAAUGAAUUUCUGGUUAAAAAUACAGUUGUUGAGUUAAUUGAUUCGGGAACUAUUGUUGAGAAACAAUUAUGUGAUUUAUAUCAACUACCAAAUAGUUAUAAAUAUGAUCCUUUAUGCCUCGCAAUUAAACCUCUUUAUGAAAUUCCUUCCCUUACAGUAGUUACACAAUUUUAUGUUCAACCUUUAUUAUUACAGAGUGAACUUCAUAAAGGUUAUGUUGUAGUAAAUAUCAAACCAAUAGAAAUGAUUAAUGAGAUGUAUUUAGAGAAAACUUAUGAAGAAAUUAAUACUAAAUGUUCUCAACCUUUAAUCAUUACUACAAAGGGUGAAUGUACAGUUAAAGAGUCAAUAUGUAAUGUGCAAGAAUUAAACAAGUCAAUAUGUAAUGUGCAAGAAUUAAACAAGUCAAAUAACCAUUUGACUUGCAUAAAAGAACUUAAAGAACCAGGCAUUACUGAAUAUAAAUAUGUUGAAUUUUCAAAUGACCUGAAAGAGGUAUUAAUCAAAGAAAAAAAUUAUUUUUUGAAAACUUUGUUAAAUAAUGGAAGUAUAAUAUAUGAUUUGAAUAAUAUAUUUCUAGUACCUAAUAACUAUAAUCCCAAAUUGUUGUCGUUGAAAAUUAACGACCAAAAUAAUCAACUAGUUCUUGUCGACAAUGUCAUCGAAUACAACCAAAAUAAAGAUGAUAAAAAUAAAACUUCUAAUGGUGAAGCUUCAAUAAUUAAAGAAUCAAAUUUUUCUGAUUUAAGAACUUCCUCUACAUCAAACAUGUCUACACAUAAUAUAUUUAAAAAUGGAUCAUCAGUUGAAUUUUGCUAUGGUUCUAAUAUUGAUUUUGUGUACAUUAGAAGUUAUGACCAAAAAAAAAUAUAUUCUAAAGAAAUGAAACAGUUUUACGCAUAUUAUAAAAAAAAAGAAAAUAUAAAAGUCAAAACAAAUGUAGCUAUUGGUGAUAUGGUUGCAGCUACUUUAUUACAUUAUAAUGAAAUACACAGAGCUAUAAUAUUGCAUAAAAGUUCAAAUCAUUCUUUUGAAAAUUAUUUUUGUUAUUUUAUUGAUAUCGGCUGUAAAGAAUAUGUUAACCCAAAUCAUAUUUUUUAUUUACUAGAAGAAGCUAAAAAUGUUCCUUAUUUAGCUCAUAAAGUGGAGUUAAAAAAUAUUCCAUUGCAUAAUACUAUGCAAUUAAAGUAUUUAAAGAACUAUUACGAUCAAUUGUAUUUACAACCAUUAUUAAUAGAAUAUGAUGAAAGUGAUUCCAUUGGAACAAACAAAGCUAUAUUAAAAAGAAAAUCAAACAAUAUGGAUAUUUAUUUAGAUAUAAAAGAAUUUUUACAAAAAAAAAUAUCAAGUUUUUGUGUUUCAAAUAAUAAAGGAAUUAAAUUGAUAGAGUAUUGGAAGUUUAAUGAUUUGCUUAAAAAUGGAACAAUAGUAUUAAUUACUCACUUUUGUUCUAUAAAUCAAAUUUAUGUCCGUAUUAACACAUCUGAAUUAACAGAAUAUUAUAAUAAUUUAAUCACAGAAGUUAAUCAGUUUUAUGUCAAUUUGAAAAGUGCGUGUCAUAGAAUACAGAUUCCAAAAAUUGGUGAAAAAGUUGCUGUAAAGAGUCAAUCCAAGAAAAAUUUUGCACGUGCAACUAUUUUAAAAAAAGUUAAUGACACAACUUAUUCAGUACACUAUGUUGAUUAUGGUGAUAAAGAGAAUGUGAAAGCAAUCAACAUUUUUCAGUUACCAUAUAGAUUUGUGCAUUUGCCAAAGUCAGUGAUUAAAAUUGGUUUAAAUAUUACAAUGCCAAUGAAUACAACUAAACAUCUUCCUAAAUACUUCAAUCAAUUAAUUCAAUUAUCAGUUCCAUUAAUUGUGGAGUUUGAUGAAGAAGAUCCAUUAGGGUUUCAAAAGAUUGUUUUAAGAAAGAAGCUUGAUGGCGUUAAUAUUUGUGAAGAUAUUUGUAAUCUACCUGGCCUAUUAUAUUAAAGAGCUACCCACAGCAAACUUAUGUUAGAACUUUCUUUGAGAUUUAAAUAUUAUUAUAAAUUAAAAAAUAGUUUUUAGUAAUUGUUCUUUUAAAAUAUAUGACUACUUCAAUUUUAUAUUUUCUUAAAUUUAAAUAAUA